CAGAUAUUAUCUUCUGCUGCGGUAUUUGGGUUGACCGAAGAUAAUAAGCUGGUUGGCACUCAAUAUUCUUGGGUCUCUUCCAUCUUUUAUUUCGGAUACCUGCUCUACGAAUACCCGACAACGAUCUUAAUUCAACGAUUACCAGUUUCAAAAUAUCUCACCGUUAUUACAUUCAUAUGGGGAGCUGUUGUCGCAACUACAGCUGCUUGCACCAGCUUUGGUGGGUUGGCUACUUGCCGCUUCUUACUUGGUGUUGUGGUAAAUGUCCUUUGAUACUCCAUCUAGAGAAUAUCACUCAUCCUUGUGUCAUUAGGAGUCAACAAUCUCGCCAGCAUUUGUGUAUAUCACCAGCAUGUGGUACACCCGAGAUGAGAUACCAUCGCGUACUGGAGUCUGGUAAAUCCACUUUCUCUUCGUAAUUAACUCAACGCAAAUACUGAUCAGAUCAGGUUUGCUGGUAAUUCUACUGGGGGCUUUGUUGCUUCAUUACUAGCCUAUGGCAUUGGGCAGAUAUCGCACCCACUCCACCCCUGGCAAUGGAUGUUUAUUGUUAGUAUUCGAUGCUCUGAUUCAAAAGAAAUGUGAUUACUGAUCGUAAAAGAUAUUUGGCUUCAUCACCAGUCUGUGGGCAUUUGCUGUUUUCUUCUUCCUUCCUGAUUCAAUUAACGACGCCAAAUUCUUGACGGAGGAGGAAAAACAGUAUGCAGAAGACCGCGUAGUGAUGGGAGGGACCGGAAGAACAGAUACCACUAAAUGUGAGUGGAAGAAAGACCAAGUUAUCGAAUGUCUCCUGGACCCCAAGACGUACUUCUUUGCUUGCAUAUCUGUUUUGACACAAGUGCGUAUCCACCCAAGUAUUUUUAUACCAGUGUUACAGCUAAUAAACAAUCAGAUUCCUAAUGGUGGUACUGGAAGCUUCGGAAACUUGGCUUUAAAGAGUUUCGGCUUCACCAGUCUAGAGAGUACACUGGUGACUUUACCAUCUUCGGUCAUUGCGAUGUCAACCAUCCUUGUGACAGGGUGGCUAGCCGGCCGAUUCAAAAAUAUGACUACCUUUCUGAUUAUCGCCGUUGUCAUUCCCCCAGUCGUUGGGAGUGCCAUCAUCUUUUCCGUUGAGGCUAGGGGCUUGCGACUCUUUGCUUAUUAUUGUGUAAGGACAAUCUAACAUUUCAUGUUUGAUUCAACUUAUUGACUACGUAAACAGCUUCAGACCGGCCCAGGUGCUCUCCCUCUUACCCUUGGCUUGAUCUCUUCAAACUACAAAGGAGUUACGAAGAAAAUGACAAUUACGGCUAUACUGUUUUUGACGUACUGCGCGGGAAAUAUUGCAGGGCCACAAACAUUCAAAACUUCCGAGAAAAGCAGGUAUGUUGAGUUGUUCUUUUUCAAACUACUGGUGCCAAGCUGACAUUCUUUGAGGGGAUACCCCACCGCCUUCAAGGCAAUUACAACAUGCUACGGAUUAGUGGUUCUCGUUUCUCUAGGUUUACGAAUGUAUUUGACCUUCGUCAACAAAUCUCGAGAUACAGCGGAAGGAUCAGCCUCUCUCAUUCAGGCAGAUGAGGCUGGCAAAAGGGAAUUGACCGCUGAAGAUUACGAGGAUGUAACGGAUUUCCACACACCGCGAUUUAGAUAUCGCAUGUAGUCAACCGCCUCGCGAUUGGCUCACAUAUGCGAAUAUUUCAUUUUACCACAAGGCUCUGGACCACCGUUCAAAUUGAAGAAGGCUGAGACUAAACCCCUAUUAUGCAAAAUUGAGGCUCUGCGGAGUAAAUUUAUGGAUCAGUUCCAUAGCCUCAUC